CUUAUGUUUGUUAUUUAAUAUAUAUAUAUAUAUAUAGCGCCUGUAUCCCCGGAUCUUUUCAUCUGUGAUCUGUGAUUUUGUGGCCAUAAUUUUUCUGUGAUUUGGUUAAAAUUUGAGGAUAACAAUUAUGGCUCAACCCUCAACAAGAAUAGGCCUCGCUGGACUGGCUGUUAUGGGCCAAAAUCUAGCACUCAAUAUUGCUGAGAAAGGCUUUCCCAUUUCUGUUUAUAACCGAACCACAUCCAAGGUUGAUGAGACUGUAGAACGAGCAAAAGUGGAGGGAAAUCUUCCAGUUUAUGGCUACCAUGAUCCUGAAGCUUUUGUUCAUUCCAUUCAAAAGCCUAGGGUGAUUAUAAUGCUAGUUAAGGCUGGGGCACCUGUUGACCAAACCAUUAAGACCCUGUCUGCGUUCAUGGAAAAAGGUGACUGUAUAAUUGAUGGUGGCAAUGAAUGGUAUGAGAACACUGAAAGAAGAGAGAAAGCAGUGGCUGAAUUGGGUUUGCUCUACCUUGGGAUGGGAGUUUCUGGUGGUGAGGAAGGUGCUCGUAAUGGUCCUUCUUUGAUGCCUGGUGGUUCGUUUGAAGCUUUCAAAUACAUAGAAGAUAUUCUUCUCAAGGUGGCAGCUCAAGUCCCUGAUAGUGGUCCUUGCGUGACAUAUAUUGGUAAAGGUGGUUCUGGUAAUUUUGUGAAGAUGAUUCACAAUGGUAUUGAAUAUGGUGAUAUGCAGCUGAUUGCAGAGGCUUAUGAUGUGCUGAAGUCAGUUGGAAAGUUGUCAAAUGAGGAACUACAGAGUGUCUUCUCAGAAUGGAACAAAGGUGAACUUCUGAGUUUCCUGAUUGAAAUCACUGCAGAUAUAUUUGGAAUUAAGGAUGAUAAAGGAGAUGGAUAUCUUGUUGACAAAGUUCUAGACAAGACUGGCAUGAAGGGUACUGGUAAGUGGACUGUUCAGCAAGCUGCUGAAUUAUCAGUUGCUGCUCCUACUAUUGAAGCAUCGUUGGAUGCUAGGUUUCUGAGUGGGUUGAAGGAGGAAAGAGUGGAAGCUGCAAAAGUCUUUAAAUCAGGUGGCUUUGGUGAUAUUGUGACCGAUCAUCCUAUAGACAAGCAGCAGUUGAUUGAUGAUGUUAGGAAGGCUCUUUAUGCAGCCAAAAUCUGUAGUUAUGCACAGGGAAUGAAUCUGAUCCGUGCAAAGAGUAUCGAACAGGGAUGGGAUUUGAAGUUGGGUGAACUGGCCCGAAUUUGGAAAGGGGGUUGCAUCAUUAGGGCUAUAUUCUUAGACAGAAUCAAGCAGGCAUAUGAUAGAAACCCUAAUCUGGCAAACCUUCUUGUUGAUCCAGAGUUUGCAAAGGAGAUAAUUGAUCGCCAAUCUGCCUGGAGGAGAGUUGUUUGCCUUGCUAUCAAUUCUGGUAUCAGCACUCCAGGUAUGUCUGCUAGUCUUGCUUAUUUUGACACUUACAGAAGGGAAAGGUUGCCUGCUAAUUUGGUGCAAGCUCAGCGUGACUACUUUGGAGCUCAUACAUAUGAAAGGGUUGACAUAGAGGGGUCUUACCAUACUGAGUGGUUCAAGCUUGCCAAACAGUCAAGAAUUUAGAUCACUUUGUUUGAGCCCGUGAGGAUUUCUAAUAAAUGUAAUGUUUUCUGCUCAGACUGUGUGCUGAGUUGAGUUUACAUAGCCACUAUGUGGUGAAGUGUUAUUAUUAGAUUAUUUCCAACUGAAUUGCUUGAUAUUCCAUUCUCCAACAACAAUGUUGUAUCUUUGCUGAUUGUGCUUUGUGCUUGAUACAAAAUUGGUCCCAGUUCCUGAUGCC